AUGAGCCCAAAAUACAAGGUCGUUAAUGCGGUCUCAGCGAAAACGGGCAAAAAAGUCAAACUCAAAUACGUCGUAGAACAGGUUCUGGGUGUCGGCUCAUUCGGGCAGGUGUUCCGCGUGAGGACAUCCGGGGGCGCGGUUUAUGCUUUCAAGGAGCAGGAACUCUCUCCGAGGACCAGGUUCCGAGAGAUCUCGAUGUCGCUGGUCAUGAAGCACCCAAAUCUCGUCCGGUUAUUUUAUUACAAGCUAAAGAGGGAUAGAUACUGUCUGUCUUUCAUGGAUUACUUGCCUUCGAACCUCUCCCAGGUCGUUCAAAAAUAUUCAGAACGAGGAGAGAGCAUUCCUCGGACGAAACAGAGUGUCUACAUGUUUCAGCUCCUGAGAGGACUCGCGUUCAUGCACCGUAGAGACAUCGCGCAUCGGGACCUGAAGCCGGAAAAUAUCGUCGUUAACGAUGAAAUCUGCGAACUCAAAAUCUGCGACUUCGGCUCCGCGAAGGUCAUCAACGAUGGCUGCAGAAAUCAGCCGUACAUCUGCUCGCGAUGGUACCGAGCGCCCGAGCUCCUGAUGGGCUCUAGAAAUUAUUCUGUCAACGUCGACCUGUGGAGUGCGGGAUGUAUCCUUCUGGAACUCGUCAAACUGAGGGUUUGUUUCAAUGGGACGGACUCACUGGAUCAGCUGACGCGGUACGUCACGAAACUCGGUCCUCCGAGCCCCCUCGAUCUGGAGGCUAUAGAACCGGAAACCAAUGUCUCUUUCUUGCAAGACAUGAGCAGCGACGACUCGACAGAGCAGGUCAACGCUAGUUCCGUCGGCGACUCGGUGACGUACGAACUCUCACGCAGCCUGCUUCAGUACAAUCCGCAUAAUCGGAUUUCGGCGUGGGACGCGUUGUUCCACCGAUUUUUUACGAAAGUUCACUCACACUUGAGCUCGAGCGAUGUCAAGAAAUUCCUCGCCUGGACCAAGGAAGAAGAGAAGCUCCUUCAAAGCUCCGGGGAAAUCACGAACGGCGCCGCUUAUUUCGAGACGCUGAGCAACAAUGUCAAGUGGGAUGAAGUGAGGGUCACCGACGGGAUACAGUGCCUCUUUCCAGAGACGGAACGACUGGAUGUAGAGGUUUACAUCGCCGUCAUGAAUUUAGGGGAGCUGGAUAUCAAGAAAAGCUCGUUCACCAUCGACAUGUUGCUCUUCGCCAAGUGGACUGAGUCCACUCAGAGCUGUCGGGAGGACUUGACCAGGCUACACGGAGUAGGAUUAGUCCCUGAGGACAGCAAUGUCUCCCACUUUUCCGGGAAUAUCAUGCAGUUCAUAUGGACCCCGUGCUUUCAGAUUUCAGAAGCUGAAAAAAUGACGGUCUCGGACGAGGUGAAUCCAACAGUCGCCGUUACGAUUGAUCACAGCAGUCUCAAUCGGAAGGGCUGUUCUUACAGCAUGAAGUUGCGCCAGCAAGGAACGAUCAAUUGUAAGACGGAUUUCGACAAUUAUCCUUUCGAUGUGCAGACCUGUCCUCUCACCAUAAGCAGCUAUACCGAGGACGAUACUCGAUUGAAGCUCACCUGGAAAGUCAAUCGAGGGGAUGCUGCCGACAAUCGUAAUAAUCUUCUCAAAAUGUUGGAGUACCGAGUUGAAUUCCACCAGUACGAAGACUCGGGUGUCCAUUGGUCUUUCCCGCCUGAUUGGACGACGCUGCAAGGUUCCGCGCUGUUCCAUCGCUUCCAGGGAGUGAGACUGGAAAUCAAAUUCCACCGUCUUCUGACCAACAUGUUCUACAAUGCCUACCUCCCAUGCAUACUUCUAGCCAUCGUGGGUGUGACCUCUCUUUUCAUGAACAUUCGGUCGUUUUCGGAGCGUAUAAUUCUUAUCACGUCGGUGUUGCUUUCAUUCUACACCAUAUACGGCUCAUUGAGUGUGGGGCUCCCUCGAGCGAACAUCAUGACGUAUCUCGACCAAUUUCUUCUCUGCGAUAUGGUCUUCAUGAUUUUAGUAACCCUGGAACCGAUUGCGGUGCAUUGGUACCUGUGUCGUCUCAGACGCAUUGCUAGCAAGAGGGCGACCGAACGUUUCGAACGAGAAAAGCCCGCAUUCUUCAUCGUAACUCCGCUCCGAGAGACGAUCGUUGGAAAUCUUAAACGCACCGAGUCAAAGAGUGAAGGAGCGAAGAGUUUCUUCAGGAGCCACGGUCAACCUGACGAGGAUCAAAUUCAGCGCGAAGCUCGUCGUUUUGACUCAUUGCUGAAGUAUCCCCUGAUUGUCGUCAUGAUCUCAUAUCUCAUCGUCCAUUUCGUAGGAACCUAUUGA